AUGGGUCUCUUACCUCGGGUGAAGCUAUAUCUGAACCCAUGGGGGAACUAUGAGGACUUCCAUCAUCAUGCGAUCUUCUCCGUCAACAUGGUCGUCCCCAUGAUCAGCGAAGUCUAUUGGGGUAGUUUGGAUGCCAAACCCGACCGUGUCCACAACUACGAGGUCGGUCUUAGUAUCAUCACCUUAGCAGGCGCACUCGUAGGCCAGAUUCUUUUUGGUAUCGCCGCGGAUAUCUGGGGUCGCCGAAAGAUGUAUGGAUUGGAGUUGAUUGUUUUGAUUUUCAGCACUCUUGGGAUGUCCAUGGCCUCCUCGGGUAAAUUUGACUCUAUGUCAAUCAUCGGUGUUCUUCUGUUCUGGCGCUUCUGUAUGGGCUUAGGAGUGGGAGCUGACUACCCCUUGUCUGCUGUUAUCUCUAACGUCUGCGCUAGGCUUGCGCCCACCCGCAUAAGGGGUCGCAUGUUGGCGGCCGUCUUCCUCUGCCAAUCACUCGGAUCGGCUGCGGCGGCUGUCGUCGCUCUCAUCGCUGUGGCAGGCUUUCGACAUAGUCUACCUAAUGAUCCAGAAAUUCGAGAGUGCACAGGAUCUUGUAUUCGGAACUUGGAUAUCAUAUGGAGGUUAAUAGUAGGUCUGGGAGCGGUACCUGCGUUUAUUGCUAUCUGGUUUCGAUUAACGAUCAUUGAAUCUCCCCGUUAUACCGCCGAUGUCAUGCAGAAUAGUCUCCAAGCUGCUGCAGAUGUCUCUCAGUUUUAUCGGUCCGCAGAGAUUUCCUCGGCUUCGAGUCUAGGCCAUGAGUCGCUUCAUCCAGUCGGAGAGACAAUAUCAUUGUCUCCCACCCAAACUCGCGAAAAUGGGUUUAUCCCAUCCAUUAUCUCUCUGCAGUCAAGCUCUGUGGAACUGGAGAAUACCCCAAGCCCUCCAAUCUACUUCUGGAGAGACUUCAAGAUUUUCCUGAAACAGAAGCGCAACCUCCAGACGCUCGUGGCAACAUCCUUAUGCUGGUUCUGUCUCGACCUGCCGUUUUAUGGAUUGGGACUGAUGAAUCUGGACAUUAUAAAUACCAUUUGGUAUGGAAGCCAUAUUCCGUCUGCAGGAGUGUACGGAUCUCUCCUUCGGGUGUCAUACCAGAGUAUCGUGGUCGUAUCAUCGGGGGCUAUUGUCGGUAGCUGUAUAGCAGUGCUGACAAUCGACCGAAUCGGGCGGCGGAAUCUGCAGCUGCUAGGCUUCUGUUGGCUUUUCAUUCUCAAUGUGAUCAUUGGUGCUUCAUUCCGGUACUUGAGCACACACGGUGACUCAUCAGCUUUGGUCGUACUUUACGUUCUAACUCAGAUAUUCUUCAACUUUGGACCGAACACCACAACAUACAUUGCCCCUGCUGAGCUCUUCCCAACCCGGUUUCGCGCCACUUGCCAUGGCAUCGCAGCCGCCUCGGGAAAAUUCGGGUCCAUUCUUGCACAAUGCUUCCUAGGGUAUGUGGACUUUGGUAAUGGUGCAACUUGGCGGAAUGUGCCGGAUUGGCUAGGAUAUGCACUUCUAUGUCUAUCAUUCUUCAUGUUGAUGGGCCUUAUUGCUACCUUGUGGAUCCCUGAGACUAGGGACAAGGAGGGAAACAAUAAGUCACUCGAGCGUAUCACUGAUGAUAUGCAGGCAAAAGAUGCGCCUCCCGUGGAGGAAGAAAACGGCAGCAUCCACGCGCAGACUACGACGGCGAUGCCUAACUCGGGUUGGAGGUCGGAUUGA